CUAAGCUUCAACAAAAACAUCUACAACUAUCCAUAAUCAUAACAAGCUAUAUCUAUCAUCGCGUUCAAAGCAUCAUCUUCAAAUGAAUCGCGACCGAUAUGGCUAGUUCAACGACACCUCUCCUCGCCGACGACCGUCGAAAUAGCGAUGGUGAUUGCGACUCGAGAAACGACUCAGAAGAUAAUCUACGCGGACAAUCUAUAGCUACGCGGGUUGGACGGUCAUGGCAUAGUAGAUUACGAGAGAUCCUGCUAUUUGUCUGGGCCCUUCUCGCGACCGCUGGAGUAAUAGUUCUCGCCGUUUGGGUAUCGCAUCAACAACAAACGUCGUCCGCAAAGCCUGCCGGCAAGCGAAAUUUAAUCUUCAUGGUCUCUGAUGGUAUGGGCCCUGCCUCGCUAUCUCUGACUCGUGGUUUCAGGCAAUAUACCGAAGGCCUCGAGUACGGCGACACCCUCACCCUCGAUAAGCACUUUUGGGGUAGCAGUCGGACGCGGAGUAGCUCAUCCUUAGUUACGGACUCUGCUGCUGGAGCGACUGCAUUUAGUUGUGGAAAGAAAAGCUAUAAUGGCGCCAUUUCGAUGCUACCUGAUUCAACUCCCUGCGGGACUGUUCUCGAAGCUGCUAAAAAGGCCGGAUACAAGACUGGACUGGUUGUUACAACGGAUAUCACUGAUGCAACCCCCGCUUGUUUUGCCAGCCACGUCCAUGUACGUCAACAAAACGACGAUAUUGCGGUUCAAGAAGUCGGAAACGGACCUCUUGGUCGUGUGGUAGAUUUAAUGUUUGGAGGCGGACGGUGCCAUUUCCUUCCCAACGGAACCGAUGGCGGAUGCCGUGCAGAUAACAUCGAUGUGAUAGAAAUGGCUAAGAAAGAUUAUGGUUGGAAUUAUAUCAAUGACCGGCCAGGAUUUGAUGAGUUCUGGGAAGGUAAAAAGGAGGUCCCGCUUCCGAUAUUGGGACUUUUUGCUCCAACAGACAUUCCAUUUGAGCUCGACAGGCGUAACAUGAACGAUAUCUACCCCAGUCUGAGCGAAAUGGCCAAGACAGCUUUAAGAGCUCUGGAAAAGGCUACAGAGGGCAGUGAGCAAGGAUUCUUUUUGAUGAUCGAGGGCAGCAGAAUCGACCACGCUGGUCAUGAAAACGACCCGGCCGCACAAGUGCGCGAGGUCCUCGAAUAUGACAAGACAUUCAAAGCCGUAUUGGACUUUUUGGACGAGAGCGAGACUCCGGGCGUCCUAGUUGCUACCAGUGAUCAUGAGACAGGUGGAUUAUCAGUAGCACUACAGGUGAAUGCCGACUAUCCGCAAUACUUAUGGUACCCUGCCGUAUUAGCGAAUGCGUCAUCGUCUUCAGAAUAUCUUGCUCAUCGCCUUCAAGGGCACCUGGCACAAACCCCCGACCAUUCCGUCGCUAAACUAAAGAAGUAUAUUAAUGAGGAACUUGUCAAGCCUGGCCUUGGUAUCCAUGACGCCUCCGAAGAAGAGCUCACGACGUUGGCUUCAAGACCAGAGCUGGCACAGUAUUCGUUUGCCCACAUGAUUAGCAUUCGUGCACAGAUCGGAUGGAGCACUCACGGCCACUCCGCCGUAGAUGUUAAUAUCUACAGCUCCGGUGGUCCCGGGACAGAAGCGAUUCGGGGCAACGUGGAGAAUACCGACGUAGGGAAAUAUCUGAGGGAAUAUCUUAAUGUCGACGUGGAUGCGAUCACGAAAGAAUUGAAUGAGAAGUUGGGUUCGAAGCGAACUUUUGGAAUCAGUCACGAUAUCGCCGCCGAUGGUGCUGGCGAGGACCAUUGGGCAGCUCAUGAGAAGAUGGAGGCUCAGCGUUUUGGUUAUUAGAUGAGGCCGUAAUAUUUUGGUUCAUGCAAAUGUUUAGUAUUGAGUUUGGGAGUUAUAGAAAUUGUAUUUUGGGAUAGGGGUUAUCAUACAUACACUGAAUGCAUAGGAGGUACCUAGGUAGAUAAGGUAGAUAAAUAUAGCGAAUGAAGAAUCGAUACUCACUUGCAAGAAA